AUGCAGACCCGCACAAUCCUCGGCGUGGGUGCCCUUCUCGGUGUCGGUGCGUUGGCAGUCACCCAACUGUCCAUCCAAUCACAGGACCGCCAGUACAAGAAAACUCUCCAAUACAUGCACGACGGCAGGGAGAAGAUCCAGGACCGCAUGAAUCAGAUGGCCAACAGUGUGACUGGAAAGAAGUAA